AUUGUACCAGAGAUUAGGGUCUGACUGUACCAAGUGUCCAAAAGCAUAUUUACCCUCAAGCAACAACAUUUUUCAUUUUUUUGGGCUGCGAUCCCUGAAAUUCUGUGUUUGGCACUGAUUCGUCUUGAUUUCCGACAUUUAACCCAAAGCAUCAGACUAUGGAGAUGUGGAGCAGACUUGAGAGUCAGGGAAGAACGAGAGCCUGAACAAACGAUCUCUUACAUUCAUCUCAUCAGCUGCCCCUGGAAGGAAUAAAGCAAUUAAAUCAUGUGUUGGUGGUCGUGAUGAGAGAGCAAGUGCUCGUGGGGACAAUCCAGUGCUGGAGAAUUUUCUUUGUGUGGAAUAGGAAGAGAUAAUUACUAAGGAUCGUGAUGAAUAUCGUGAAGAUCAAUUUGAAGAAUGUGAUAUUUGUUUUGCUGGCUCUCAUGUCAACCGCUGUCAACGAUGCUCAUAUAGGAUAUGAAGACAUGAUGAGCAAUGCUUACACCAAUUACACCUAUAAUAACAACAAAAAGGAUGACUUGUAUGCAAUGUGUCCCAUUGGCAAAAUGUGUACAGACUUGAGUGGCGACUGCUUGAAAUGUGAGAUGACAACAAAUUGCGUUUAUGGAGCAACUUAUACUGCCAAUUGCACUGCUCCUGAGCCAGUUGAUUGUGUGGGAAAGAGAAAAUUCUCAAAAGAGUUUAUCUGCAGAUACUGCUAUCAGACGGAGCAUUGGGAACACCACUGCCAGCAAAAGAGCAGUUGCAGCUCAGUGUCCUCACCACCGCAAUAUUAUAAGACAAAUUGUACGGUCAGUGGCGAUAUACUAUGCUUAGGGAGGAGGAAAUUCAUGAAGAAUUUGAAGUGCAAUUGGACAGGAGGAUAUCGCUGGUCCACAGCUCUCAUUUUGAGUAUAACUCUUGGAGGCUUUGGAGCUGACAGAUUUUAUUUGGGACACUGGCAAGAAGGGAUUGGGAAACUCUUCAGCUUCGGUGGUCUAGGGGUCUGGACCUUAAUCGACGUAAUGCUCAUCUCCAUGCGAUACUUGGGACCUGCUGAUGGCUCUCUGUACAUCUAAAAUUGAGUAAACAACUGCCAUUUGUCAGCAGAAAUCAUAUCACAGACUAUAUUUAUAUUUAUUCUUUUUUUAUGCUGUGUUAUUGUAUACUUGAGUUGGAGUGAGACACUUCUUCGCUAUUUGUGCGACGACAAUUUAUAUCUUCGGUUCUUUCGUGUAUAUAAAUUUAUAAGUUAUGGAUUUUUUUAUUUAUUAAGUAGAAUGCGAAUCACACAUUUUUCAUUUAUAAAUUUUUCUGGAUUAACACCGAAUCAUUGGAUGUAAUUUUGAUUUUUAAACAUUCGAUUAUGUGAAACAUCAUUCGUCUUUAUUAAUUGAUGUACAGUAACGAUUGUUGUACAUGGGGUAAGCUCAAUAUUCAAGCGUUAAACAAAAUGAGAAAUAAUAAAAUGAUUUUUAAAAGGUAA